UAGUGCCUUGUCUCUGUGUGUGUGUGUGUCUCUCUCUCUGUGUGUGUUUGUGUGCUUUAUUAGUGCCUUGUCUCUGUGUGUGUGUUUGUCUCUCACUGUGUGUCUCUCUCACUGUGUGUGUUUUAUUAGAGCAGUGUCUUGUCUCUCUGUGUGUGUCUCUCUCUCUGUGUGUGUUUGUGUGCUUUAUUAGUGCCUUGUCUCUGUGUGUGUUUGUCUCUCACUGUGUGUCUCUCUCACUGUGUGUGUUUUAUUAGUGCAGUGCCUUGUCUCUCUGUGUGUCUCUGCCUCUCUCACUGUGUGUGUUUGUGUAUUUUAUUAGUGCAGUGUCUUGUCUCUCUGUGUGUGUCUCUCUCUCUGUGUGUGUUUGUGUGCUUUAUUAGUGCCUUGUCUCUGUGUGUGUGUUUGUCUCUCACUGUGUGUCUCUCUCACUGUGUGUGUUUUAUUAGUGCAGUGCCUUGUCUCUCUGUGUGUCUCUCCCUCUCUCACUGUGUGUGUUUGUGUGUUUUAUUAGUGCAGUGUCUUGUCUCUCUGUGUGUCUCUCUGUGUGUGUGUUUUAUUACAGCAGUGCCUUGUCUCUGUGUGUGUCUCUCUCUCUCUGUGUGUCUCGACACACGAACGCAGAUCUACGCUUACAUCGACAGAUAUAUAUACACUCUGCCGAGUGGGUCCAGGAAGACUUCGCCUUGACUGCACAAGCCACAUUACUGUGCAAGGCGACAGCAGGCGGCGUGGUGCUGCUGGUGGUGCUGCUGCUGGUGGUGCUGGUGGUGCUGUUGGUGGAUCUGCUGGUGGUGCUGGUGCUGGAUCUGCUGGUGGUUCUGCUGGUGGUGCUGGUGGUGGAUUUGCUGGUGGUGCUGCUGGUGGUGCUGCUGGUGGUGCUGCUGGUGAUUCUGCUGGUGGUGCUGCUGGUUCUGCUGGUGGAUCUGCUGGUGGUGCUGGUGGUGCUGCUGGUUCUGCUGGUGGUGGAUCUGCUGGUGGUGCUGCUGGUGGUGGUUCUGCUGCUGGUGGUGCUGGUGGUGCUGCUGCUGGUGCUGCUGGUGGUGCUGGUGCUGGUGCCAUGCAGAGGACACACGCGGCUGGCUGUGCCGCCUACCGCCUGCGCCACUGGAUCACGGACCAGGUGGACGGCGGCAAGUACCCGGGCCUGGCGUGGGAGGACGAGGCGCGCAGCACGUUCCGCAUCCCGUGGAAGCACGCGAGCAAGAAGGAGUACAGGCACGAGGAGGAUGCCGCCGUCUUCAAGGCGUGGGCCAUCUUCAAGGGCAAGUACCGAGCGGGCGAGGACCGUGCGGACGCGAGCACGUGGAAGACGCGUCUGCGCUGCGCCCUCAACAAGAGCCCCGACUUCCAGGAGCUGAGCGACCGCAGCCAGACGGCGAGCGGCGACGCGUUCAAGGUGUACCGCAUCCUGCCCGAGGAGAGCACCACGCGAUGUGACUGUGCCCGUGACAGCGAUGAGAUCAUGCCGCCAGAAGAACCUGAAGAGAACCAGGAGGUGUCCAUGGCAGUGAUGGAAUCGGCGCCCUGGUGUUACAGCCCUGAAAUGCUGCUCGACUUCCCAGGCUACUACAUCAUCGACGUGCGGUUCUUCUACAAGGGCGCGCUGGUGAGCGAGCAGUGGGCCUCGCGCUUGUGCCGCGUGGGCCACCGCGCGCCGGCGGUGCACGACCCCAGCGUGUACGGCCCCAGCGACGCCGCUCAGCUCCUCUUCCCGCCGCCGGCGUCGGCCCUCGCCGCUCCGGGCGACGCGAGGCAGCGGGCCCACACGGAGACUCUGCUCGCCAACGUGGAGCGCGGCGUGCUGCUGAGCGUGACGGGAGAAGGCCUCUUCGCCCAGCGCCUCUGCCGGGCGCAAGUCUUCUGGUCGGGCCCCUGCGCCGAGACGCCGCCCGGAGCCCCCAACAAGAUGGAGAGGGGCCCCCCUGUGCAGCUGUUCAACACGCGGCAGUUCAUGGAAGAAAUGAAUCAGUACGUGACCUGGCACGGUCCGUCACCGCAGUUCGUCACCACCAUCUGCUUCGGCGAGGAAUUCCCCGACAUGGACGGCGCGAAGAAAUACGUCACCGUGCAGGUGGAGGCGCGCUUCGCGAGGCUGCUCUACGAGAAGGCCAAGGCGGAGGGCGCCUGCUCCCUGCGUGAGUUCGAGAUCUCUGCUCCCAACAAGGAGGACGAGAUCCUGGACAUCAUCAAGAGUCUGUGCGACAGCAUCGCCAUCUCCUCCUAGCGCCGCAGUUUCCUCUCUCGCCCUCCCUCCCUCCCUCCUCAUCGCUCCAUUCUUCUACCUUCCUCCUCCCAUCCUCCUCCCUCCUCCUCCCCCCUCCCCCCUCCAUCAUCCUCCCCCCUCCCCCCUCCAACAUCUUCCUCCUCCAGCACCUGAACCGGUCCUGGGCCACCUAGGUCGAUUCGGCCUAAAAUGGGUAACUGGGGCGGCGCGUAGCGAACGUCGCCACUGGGGAGACAAAGGCGGCUCCCGGCGUGGUUUCUGGCCACCCACCCCCUCGUGUGCCGUGCCAACCUAACUCAUCGGUGCUACUCCGCUAACAGCACUUGCCCCAACAGUCUGUUAAAGGCUACACACGGGGGAAGGGGGGUGGAUCUUUACCUUCGAUCCCAAUCGAGUAACUUGCAUGAAGUGAAAUUUUGUUUUCCAACUCGGCACGCGAUGGUGGCCCAACUCUUGCGAAGGGCGCCGCGGGGAUCAUUCAAUGUUCCUCGCGAAGUGACGCGCAGGGGCCUCGCUCUUCACCACCACCACCACCACCCGCCACCACCGCCCGCCACCACGGCCAACCAGCCAGGGCUGUCACGUGAACAGAACGUGGCCAAUUCGUCACGAGCACAGCACUAAGCGCUUGUGUGUCGGAGAGCCAAGACACAACCAUUUAUACUGGUAGGAACCUACUGGUUCCACCAGCCCACAGGGGAUUAUUGUGUCCGUCCGUCCA